CUGCGCAGUAGCCUUAGCAGCAGAUGGCGCUUUACCGGAAGUGACGUAGGACCGUUUUCCCGAUGGGGUCCGAUUAUGUGACGCCGCACUGUAAGAAACGUCACUUCCGUAAAACGCUUGUACAGCUGCGGGAUGCAGGGAUGGAGAAAAGGUACAUGGAGAUUUUCAACUACCUCUCUACGGGAGAAUGCCCGCCUGGGUGUGAUAAGUCACAAAGAUUUAGCUUUAAGCGGGCCUCUGGAAAAUUUACCUUAAAGGGAGAAGAGCUCUUUUAUGGAAAUAGGAAAGUUGUUAAAUCUGAGGAAGAAGCAAAGAAGAUCUUCGAAGAAUUCCAUUCAUCACCGAUUGGAGGUCACGCAGGGAUCAGUAGGACUCGGGCUGCAAUCUCCGCCAGAUUCUACUGGAAGGGAAUGAGCCUCGAUAUCGAUAGCUGGGUCCAGGAAUGUGGGAAAUGCCAGUUUGUAAAGCCUAAGUCAUCUGCCCAGCCGUCAUCAUCCUCCCAGCCUUUGUUGGCUCCCAAGCCUGCGUCUUCUCCCCAACCUUCGUCAUCUCCCCAACCUUCGUCAUCUCCCCAACCUUCGUCAUCUCCCCAGCCUUCGUCAUCUCCCCAGCCUUCGUCAUCUCCCCAACCUUCGUCUUCUCCCCAGCCUUCGUCUUCUCCCCAGCCUUCGUCUUCUCCCCAGCCUUCGUCUUCUCCCCAGCCUUCGUCGGUUACCCAGCUUUCAUCUUCUACUCAGCCUUUUUUGCUAUUCCAGCAUUUAUCAGCUUCCCCACCUCUAUCAUCUCCCCAGUCUUUGUCGGCUUCUCAACCUUUGUUGGUACUCCAGGCUUUGCCGGCUCCCCAGCCUAUGUCAUCUCCCCAACCUAUGUUGGUUCUACAGGCUUUGCCGGCUCCCCAGUCUCUGUCAUCUCCCCAGCCUAUGCUGGUUCUCCAGCCUCAGUCGACACCCCAGCCUCUGCCAUCUCCCCAGCCUCUGCCUUCUCCCCAGCCUCUGCCUUCUCCCCAGCCUCUGUCUUCUCCCCAGCCCGCGCCAUCUCCCCAGCCCGCGCCAUCUCCCCAGCCUCUGCCUUCUCCCCAGCCUCUGCCUUCUCCCCAGCCUCUGCCUUCUCCCCAGCCUCUGUCUUCUCCCCAGCCCGCGCCAUCUCCCCAGCCUCUGCCUUCUCCCCAGCCUCUGCCUUCUCCCCAGCCUCUGCCUUCUCCCCAGCCUCUGCCUUCUCUCCAGCCUCUGCCUUCUCUCCAGCCUCUGCCUUCUCUCCAGCCUCUGCCUUCUCUCCAGCCUCUGCCUUCUCUCCAGCCUCUGCCUUCUCUCCAGCCUUCGCCAGCUCCCCAGCCUUCGCCAGCUCCCCAGCCUUCGCCAGCUCCCCAGCCUUCGCCAGCUCCCCAGCCUUCACCAGCUUCUCAGCCAGUUCAGUGUGUAAAGGUGUCUGCUGUCUGGGAGUUUGUUGGAGUUGACAUAACAGGCCCAUGGCCAAAGACGGAGGAGGGUUUUCAGUUCAUCUUGACGGCCACGGACUAUUUCUCAAAGUGGGUGGAGGCUUUUCCUCUCAAAACCAAAUCCGUUGCCGAGGUGGGACGACAUGUUUGCUCGAUGAUCUACCGACACGGUUGUCCCAGGCGAAUACUUUGCGACCAGGGAAAGCUAUUUGUCGAACAGCUCAAUGGCUGGAUGUGCAACGCUCUGGGGAUUGAAAGAAACUUGAUAACUGCAUAUGAUUCACAGAUCAACGGCCUGGAUGAGAGGACCAACGACAACAUCAAGCGAGUUAUCCGUAAAUUAGUGAAUGAGAAAGAGAACAACUGGGACGCUGAUCUGGAAGCGACUUUAUUUUCUAUGAGAUCAAAGAUCCAAACCAGGACAAAAUAUUCUCCGUUUCUAUUGAUGUACGGGAGGGAGGCACUUUUCCCCUCCGAAGUUCCUGAUGAACUGCCGCUGCUUUCAACUAUCGUUCUCCCAGACGAGCACACAUAUUCUAAGUUUUUGGACGAAAGGGAAAUUUCGAUGGAAAAGAUAAAAGAAACAACAACGAUAAACAUCAUUAAGGGUCAGAUAAAGCACAAGAUGGACAGUGAGAAGAGAAUGCUGCUGAAGAGACAGAAGAUGUCAUCCAGCGCCGGCGAUGAGUAUACAACAUUUCCGCUCUCCUCCCAUGACAUUCCGGGGUCCCCUCAUUCUGUACACAUCCUUAUGGAAGGUUACUGCAAGGACAUGAGCAAUGACCGUUUCCAGGCUGACGGCUCGGUCACUCUCAUCCGUGGUCCUCUGACUGUACUGGUAGACACCGCCGGCCCCUGGUCCCAGGAUUUCCUCAUUUGUUCCCUGCAGAUCCAUGGAGUCUCCCCUGAGGACGUGACACAUGUGAUCUGCACACAUGGACAUUCUGAUCACGUGGGCAACUUGAAUCUGUUCACCAAGGCCGAGAUCCUGGUGUCUUAUGACCUGUGGAGAGACGGGUCCUACAUUUCCCAUGACUUUCGGAGUGGGGAACCCUACUUAUUACCUGGAGGAGAAGGGUUGAAGGUUGUGCCAACCCCAGGGCACACAGGAAGUGAUGUCACCAUCCUGGUCCCAGGGACCUCACUUGGCAUUGUGGCAAUUACUGGAGACUUGUUCGAAAGAGAAGGCGAUGAGGACACGUGGCGGAAUCUUAGUGAAAAUCCGGAAAUUCAGGAGAAAAGCCGGAGGAACAUUCUGGGGUUUGCAGAUGUCAUAGUACCAGGACAUGGUCCUCCAUUCAGAGUCAUCCGUAAUGGACAGGAACCCGAGGCAACAUGAACAUCGGCAGUCUAUAUUGGACCAUGAUGUCUUUUGGUCCAUACACAGUGAUAUUCCUUUAAAGGGGUUAUCCAAGAUUAAAGGGGUAUUCUGGCUUUAUGCAUCUUAUCCCCUAUCCAAAGGAUGUA